CUAUGCAGGUGAAGUUGUAGGUCAGGUGUGUGUGCUUAUAAAUCCACACCCCUUCGCAACGCGUAACAUCCAAAACACGUUUCUAACAAGAGCGCUGGGCAGCUCAGCUGCCUCUGAGUGACUCUAUAGAAGAUAAGAUGCUACAUUCCGCUCUGGCCCUCUGCCUCUUGCUGAUCACGGUUUCUUCAAACCUUGCCAUUGCUAUCAAAAAAGAAAAGAGACCUCCUCAGACACUCUCAAGAGGAUGGGGAGAUGACAUCACAUGGGUGCAAACUUACGAAGAAGGUCUCUUUCAUGCUCGCAAAAGUAACAAACCACUGAUGGUUAUUCACCACCUGGAGGACUGUCAGUACUGUCAAGCACUAAAAAAGGAAUUUGCCAAAAAUGAAGAAAUACAAGAAAUGGCACAAAAUGACUUCAUCAUGCUGAAUCUCAUGCAUGAGACCACGGACAAGAACUUGUCACCUGAUGGGCAGUACGUGCCCAGGAUCAUGUUUGUUGACCCUUCUUUGACUGUCAGGGCUGAUAUAACUGGAAGAUACUCUAACAGACUAUACACGUAUGAACCCCAGGACUUACCCAUGUUGGUAGACAACAUGAAGAAAGCACUAAGACUUAUCCAGUCAGAGUUGUAAGGAAUAUGGAAAGAUGCUUCCACUCGAAGAGGUCAAACAUGUGGUACAAACAUCUGGUUCACUAACAAAUACCAAAUGUGCAAGUCCAUGGAUUUUUAUAACAUCACUAUUUGGCUUUGUGACAUGUCUGUGAUAGUUUAUGAAGGUAAAAUUAUAUUUUAAUAAAUGUUAAACUCUGUGGUUU